AUGGAGUUGAGCGCCGAGGCUUCCACCGAGAUUGUCUACAAGAUCAUCAUGAUCGGAUCCGGCGCUGUCGGCAAGACCAACCUCAUUGGCGUUGGUGCGCGCGGCUCCCAGUUCAGCGUCAUGAGUCCCGUGACGUUGAACCCCGAGUUUGCCACCGUCAAGGUCAAGCGACCCGACUGGAAGCCUGGCCAGGCCAACCAGUACAUCACAGCGCACCUCUGGGACACGGCCGGUCAAGAGCGGUACCAAGCCCUCUCGGCGUCCCACUACCGCCGCGUCAACGGCGCCAUUAUGGUCUACGACGUGACCAACAAACAGUCGUUCCGAGAGGUCUCCCCUGGUGUCUCCCACGCGACACUGUGCUGGCUACGGACCCUCAAGCAGCAUGCCGAUCCGGACCUUCUGGGCGCGAAAGGCGAGCCGCGCCCGCCUUCGUACGUGCAAGAAGCCGACGUCGACAAGCUCCUGCUCGACGUGGUCUACAAGGACCCUCCAACAGGCCUCGGCUGGCUCCACGAGGCGCCGCCUGCCGACGUGCAUGCUUACCGUGUCGCCAACGCCCUCAUGUUUGCGCGAUCGUCGGCCAUGACCAACGACUGCGAGCUCUUUGAGCUCAAUGAACGCAAAGCGGCCACGGUCCAUGAGAUGUUUCAACAGCAAAGCGAUGCGAUUGGCUACGAAAAGACGGACCACGUCACGAGCGUCACGCACGCCAUCGAAGCGCUUGUGUUGCGCAUCUACGAACGCUCCAAAGACAUGGAUGCGACCGGCUCCAAGGUGAAAGGCCGGCCGUUCAAGAUCGUGCCCAAACCCAAGCACGAGGAAGCGACGGAAGCGUGCUGCUAA